AUGUUGCGGAUAUGGCGGUUGAUGUUCGAGUGGUGGCAGUGGCAAUUCUCGCGCCUCGGAUGGCUCGUGGGUCGCCGACCACUCGCCAGCAUCUUCGUCGCGUGCAUUGUCAUCAUUCUCUGCUCGCUCGGCCUGCUACGAGCCAGCUUCAUUGAAAACAUCGACGCGCUCUGGGUGCCGAGCACGUCGAAGACGAUCGUGGACCAGCGCAAGUUCGACGCGUAUUUCCCCACGAACCCGUUUUCGCGCGUGGAGCGCGUGAUCAUCGUGCCCAAGGACCCCUCCGCCGACAUGCUGCAGCCGCACCUGCUCAACCAGACGUACAACAUCUACAUGGCUCUGCUGAACCUGACGGUGACCGCCACAGACAACAGCACGGUGGGCAUCAAGCAGAUGUGCGCGCAGCCGGUGAAGAACGGCGGGUGCGUGUACUACAGCCCGCUGGCCUACUGGAAGGACGACCGCGCGCUCAUGCUCUCCAGGACUGUUGCUCAGCUGCACUCUGACGUGGACGAGCUGCUGCUCUCGGGGCUGAUCCCGGUGCAGCAGCGGCAGGUGCUGGGGUGCCUGGUGAAGACGCCAUCCACAGUGUUUGCUGGCAACUAUGACGUCAAGUCCGUUGGGGCGCUCAUCUUCACAUUCUUCUUGGACGUGUCUAUCAAGGGCACGCCAACAGUUGAACGAUGGGAGACAGCACUCCUGGAUAUGCUCGACACAUACCCAUAUGAGGACGUGGUGGCAUACGCAGCAACGGGAGUGUCGACCUCGCAGGAGAUCUCGCGGCAGUCGAAGGGGGACGUGGUGCUGCUGGGAGCCAGCUACGUCAUCAUGACCGUCUACAUGCUCAUUGCCCUCACCACCUUCAAGCCCUUCCGCACGCGCUUCCUGCUCGGCCUGGGCGCACUUGCUACCGUGGCUUCCGGCAUUCUCUCCUCGCUCGGCUUCAGCGCGCUGUUCUACCAGUUCAACCCGCUCACCAUCCAGGUGCUGCCAUUCGUGAUGCUAUCCAUCGGCAUGGACAGUGUCUUCAUCCUCUACACGCACUUCCAGAAGUCUCUCACGUCCGUCCCCCACGCGCCCCUCUCCAACCUCGACAUUGCCAUGGCUCUCGAGGACGCACUGUACCGGCAGGGCGCGAGUGUGGCGCUGACGGCGCUGACCAAGGCGAUCUCGUUCCUGUGCCCGUGCAUCGUGCUGCGCAUCCCUGCGCUGCAGGAGUUCUGCAUCGUCGUCGCCAUUGCCGUGCUCUUUGAGCUCCUCUUCUCCUUCACCGCAUUCAACGCCUUCCUCAUCCUGGAUGCGCGCAGGGAGAGGGACAACCGAUAUGACUGCAUUCCCUGCCUGUCGCGCAGCGGCAGGCGCACCAAGCCGCAGCCGAGCCAACAGGAGCUGCUCCGAAACUCCUCCUCCGCCACUCCCUUUCCUCAUUCCGCCUCUGCUGUUGAUGCUGCCACCGCUGCUGCGAAUUCCGCUGCUGCCGCUGCUGCAGCGGCAGCUGCUGCUGCUGCUGUUAAUGGUGCCGGUGAUGAUGCUGCUGCUGCGGCUGCUGCUGCUAACGGUGCGGUUAAUGGCGGUACUAAUGGUCCAACGUGGGUGCCGCUGAGCCAAAGCAAUAGCCCACCCGCCACUGAUCUGAAUGUAGAGGGAGGAGGAGACGACAAGGAGGCCAUUAAAGCUGCGCAAAUAGCCACAGCACCUCCCGCCUUGGGACCCGAACCCAAUGAUCUCGCCGCCGCCGCCGCUGCUGCCGCGGCCGCUGCUGCUGCUGGUAACACCGGUGCCGUCGCGGCCGUCGCGAACGGGACGGGCAACGGCGGGAAGCUAACAAAAGAGGAGAAGCAGCAGCAGAAGGCGGAGAAGCGGGCCAAGGUGAAGCGCGACGGCGGGCUGAUUGACAUCUCGGGCAGCACGGAGAAGGAGGCGAAAACUUUCUACGGGCGGUUCAUCUGCCUGUACUACGUGCCGUACGCGCUGAGUCACUGGGUCGGGCAGCUGGUGAUUUUCUGUGUGUUUGGCGCGCUGCUGGGCGUGGGGAUAUACGGGUGCGUGACGGUGGAUGAGACGUUGGACGUGCGCACGCUCAUCACCCAGGGCACGCAGCUGUACUACUACCUUGGCUACGAGGAGAUGUGCAACACGCACAUCGGCCCGCCUAUGUACCUGGUCACAGAGAACAUCGACUACUCGUCGCUGCAGAACAAGCCGUACAUGACGCGGCUGACAGGCAUGGUGGAAAACUCCACGUGGAUUGAGAAGCCUGUGUUCUCCUGGUACCGUGACUUCACAGAGAAGUUCCUACCCUACAGCAAGUGGGUAACCCAAUUGGAUUCCAACGGGCAACUCCCCUCCCGAGAGAUCUUCCACGCAGCACUCGACAACUUCCUGAACGACAGCAUGGAGGGCUUCGCCUACAUCUACGACUUUGACUUUGAGCGCAACAACCGCACGGGCGCCAUAGAGGCCAUCAAGGCCGCGCGCAUGCGCGCGUUCUACAACCCGCUCAAGGGCACCAGCGAGUUUGUCAACGCCAUGCUGGACGUGCGCGCUAGGGUGGACUCUGUGCCUCAGGUACCCGCCUUCACACAGAGCUACUUCUACGUGUUCUACGAGCAGUUCCUGGACAUCGUGCAGCAGUACAUCUGGAUGCUCGUGUUCACCAUCAUCGGCAUCUUCUGCAUCACCUUCAUCUUCAUGGGCUUUAAGACCGCCAUCAUCGUCUCCGCCAUGGUGCUCAUGAUCCACAUCUCCAUGCUCGGUCUGACGGCGGAGUGGGGGGUGCAGCUGAACGCAGUGUCAGCAGUGAAUGCAGUGGCCAUCAUGGGCCUGGCGGACGAGUAUGUGAACUACAUCAUGCGCGCCUUUGAACUCGACCACGGCACUCCACAGGACCGGAUCCGCUCGGCCCUGCUGCAGUACAUCCGCCCCAUCACCAACGCAGCCUGCUGCACUGUCCUCGGCAUUCUCCCGCUCGCCUUUGCCAAGUCAGCUGUGUACAAUGUCUACUACUUCCGCAUGUUCCUCGUUGCUACACUCCUCUCGUGGGGCACGGGGAUUAUUUUUCUGCCCGCGCUUCUGCUCGCGCUGCAUGGCGUGGGGAUCACGAAGCCGCUGUACGUGAUGGGGCUUGCGGCUAAGGAGAAGUUCUUGCGGUGGAGAGGCAAGAAGCAGCAGCAUGAGCAUACGUCGGAUGAUGGAGAGGAGGAAGAGAAGAAAGAGCAGGUUGAGGUUAACUCUCCGCGACGAGCGAGACACCGGGGUCCAAAGGCCGCGAAAGGACGGGCGAGUGAAGCGGCCGCUUCAGCAGGAGGAAGAACCGUGUUUCAUAAAGUCGAGUCGGGUGAAACGUUAUGGAGUAUCGCAAGGAUGUACGGCAUUCCGGUUCCGGAUCUCAUGGCGUACAACGGAAUCUCGGACGCCAGAGAAGUGUACUCGGACUCCGUCGUCAUCAUCCCUCUCCUCUCUCCCGCAUCUCCUCGGACAAUCCAAGGAGAUCCUAGCAGUUCAUCUGCCUCAUCGUCAUCUCUUAGAUCUGGCACAGAUCCUGAUGAGGCGAGCGGCGUUGGCCGGGGUAGUAGUGGGCGGACUCAAGUGGCGACUGAGGAGGCGUCAACGGUGCUUAGAGGCUUGGCUUCGCGCGUGCAGAAGACGUCGAACUCGUUUCACUUGACGGACUCGUUAAAGGUUCUUCUCUUCUGCUACAGUGCGGCUUUGAUAUCCUUCCUAAUAGUAGCGGUCAGAGAGCUUUUGAGAACAUUCAAGGAGGCCAGGGAUCUUCAAUGGGUGCAGGAGCCGGAACCAGAGCGGCCAAAUGUGGCUCUUAAAACGCGGACGUCCAUGUCGUUGGUCCUUGAUCGGCUGAGUAGGUCACAGGAGUGGUCGCGGGAAGAGAUGAUGGGAGAUGGUGUGUCAGCGGGUGCGGAUUUGCAACAACUGGAUGUAGGAACAGCAACAGCUCAACUAGACAUCGAUCAAGCCCCCGAGCCAUCUCCGGAAGAGGUGGCUCAAGACUAUGAGGAAAUUCGCAGACGGUACAGAGAGGGGCUGGAGGCCUCUUACAGGACCUUUUUGAAGGACACAGGGUCACAAACAGCAGGACGGUUCCGAGGUGGCAUGCCCUCGAAGUUUAGAAACAAGAAACCCCCAAGAUGA